AUGAUAAAAAUUCUCUCAAAUACCUGGGGUUUGCAUGUGAGCAUGGCACAGCCUUCACUUGAAACUGCUCAAGGAAAAAAGGUUAUCUUGACGUGCACAUUUCAUCCUAAAAGUCCUGUCAAUUCUCUAAUCAUCAUCACAUGGAGUGGUGAGCCUAGGGACCUAUCUGACGAAUCGAUUACUUUUGGGACAUACUACUCCAAUGAUGGCCACAUUGACAUUGGUCCUGACUAUGAAGGAAAAGCCUCAAUAGAAACUGACCUAGAUCAAAAAGUAUCUCGGCUGACCCUGAAUCACGUCACAGUGCAAGAGAGCAGAGACAUAAAAUGUCAAGUCCAGAUCCCAGGUGAUGAUGAGGGACAGACGUUUGACACCACCAACCUUGUGGUACUAGUGCCACCCUCAGAUCCUGUCUGCGAGAUUAAAGGUGCAACUGAAUAUGGACACGACAUCAGCCUGACCUGUGUAUCUGAGGAAGGCUCACCCACACCUACCUACCAGUGGCAAGGAUAUGAUGUCAGUAAUCUUCAGAGGCCCUUCCCACCCAAAACCACACAACAAAAUGGAGUGUUAUCUCUGUUUAAUAUGUCCAGGGAAAUGUCAGGGUAUUAUGUUUGCACUUCAACCAAUAAGAUGGGUUCCGCCAAGUGCAAUGUCACGCUUGCAGUUAUGCCAUCCACCAUGAAUAUUGCCUCUACAGCAGGCAUCUUUGGAGGAUGUGCUGCUGGAGUCCUGGUGCUUGUGAUCAUUAUUUACUGCUGCUGCUGUAGAAAAAAGGAGAAAGAUGAAGAGCAUGCUACCAAUGGUCCAGUGGUGGAGUACCAUGACAGGCCGCCCACAGAGCAUUUGGAGGAUCAAGGUGGGGACAAGCGGAAGGGGAGCGUUGAGGGCAGCAUUGAUCGGCGUGACCAGUAUGAAGAGCACAGUGAGAAGAGCGCUGAGCGACGGAACAGUUCAGAUAUACUGCGAGAGAAGAAUGUUGUCUACCGAUCUAAGGAUCGGCUCAAUGACCCCGAUGACUACAAUGACCAGCGUGAUCGCUAUUACGACCGACGUGAUCGCUACGAUGACCGAGAUAAUCGCUAUGACGGCAGACGUGAUCGCUAUGAUGACCGAGACGAUCGCUAUGACGACAGACGCGAUCGCUACGAUGACCGACACGAUCGCUACGUUGAUCGUCAUGACCGUUAUGACAACCGGCAAGAUCACUAUGAUGACCACACUGAUUAUUAA